CAACCCCCCACUCCUCACCCCCACCCCAAAACCAAGAGAAAAAAAACCAAAACCUUGUCAAUAUCGAAAACUUGGACUUUUAACACACACACACUAUAUAAACAAGAUUCUUCACCUAGUUAAGGUAAAGACUUAAAGAACACACAACUUUUUUUAGUACAAAAAAAGGGGAAUAUGGGGUUGUCAAAAUUGAAGAUAGGAGGGGCAUGGAGUGGUGUAUUAGAAGUAGAAUUAGAAGAAUGGACAGUACCAAUGUUAAGACAAGAAAUUGCAAGAAGAUGUGGUCAUGGUGAUGGUGGAGCUGAAACAAUUAACCUUAUAUGUGCUGGUAAAUUGUUGAAAGAUGGUGAUGGGAUUGAAAAGUUGAGUCAAUUGGGUGUUAGAAAUAAUGGAAAGAUUUUGGCUUCAAGGGUUUCUGUUGAUCAAGGAAAGUCUGUUAAAGAAGAAUCUUUGGCUGAAGAAGAACGUUCUACUAGGCUUUCAAGGCUAAAGGCUGCUGCUGUUUCUCUGUCAAAGAGGCACGCGGACGGCUCAUUACCCGUUGAAGAUUUCAAUCUUGAGCUUGAAAAUCAGAGUGGACAAAAGGUGCAACUGGGAUCUGAGACUGAUCAGCGGGCAAUAAUGAUGGGCCUCAUGCUUCACGCAAAUGCAAAAGCCUUGAUGAGACAGAAAAAAUAUAAGGAAGCACUGGAAGUGCUCACCAUGGGAGAGGAAUCCUUCUCUCUUUGCGACCAGAAACUCAUUGAGAUGGUUGACAAUGUGCCCAUUCUGCAAAUAGACAUGGUGUGGUGCUACUUUAUGCUCCGAGAUAUCAGCUGGCUCUCAGUUGCAGGAGUACGCCUUGCAAAAGCUAGGGAAGGGCUCGAGCGUUCUCAUGGUAAGGAAGCGAGUCGUCUCAGACUGCUUCAAAAAGGACGUUAUCCGGAGAUUGCUUUACAUUUGAGGCUGGAGCUGCUGGAAGGAGUAGUGGCUUAUCAUAGCAAUCAGACUGAAAAAUCUAGAAAGUCCUUGACGUCUGCUCAAGCCAAGUUUUUGCAGCUUCAAAUUCCAGAUGAAGCGUUGUCCUUACUUUUGAGUAUGGGAUACAAAGAACGGGAUGCCAAGAGAGCGCUGCGCAUGAACAACCAAGUAAUAGAAAGUGCUGUUGAUUUUCUUGUUGAGGAGAAAGAAAAGAAAGCAAGGAAAAGGGAGGAUGACAUCAAGCGGCGGAAAGAGAUCAUGGAGCAAAAGCAUUACGGAAUGACUCCUCUUGGAAAAGCUGUUGAUAUUGAGAGGCUGAAUGAAUUGGUGUCAAUUGGGUUUGAGAAAGAGCUUGUUGCAGAAUCCCUUCGACAAAAUGAAAAUGACACACAAAAGGCUUUGGAUGACUUGACAAAUCCAGAAACUAAUUCUUUAAUACAGAAUCAUAUUGAGUUGAGGAAGAAGAAAAGACUGCGUCAAGCAGCUGAUGCUUCAAUUGAAGAACUUGUAUCCAUGGGUUUCCCUAGAGAAGCAGUGGCUGCAGCUAUUCGCAGUUUUGGCACGAGUCAAGCAGCGCUAGAUCAUCUACUUACAGCAGGAGGUGACAAUGUAAAUGAUACUCUAAACCACGAUCAUGGGGCAGAUGGAAUUGCGAAUGAUCCUCUAACUAAUGACCAAAGUGAAGGCGGAUUGGGUACUAACACAGGCUCAAGUAGUGCUGGUAGUGAUGGAGGUCCAAGUAAUAGCAAAGUUGAGACGCGCGAUAUAGAAAUGGAAGAUGAGAUUACUGGUGAAUUACUAAAAGGAGAUGCUUACUCCGACUAUGACAUUGAGGUUACGGAAGAAGGUGAAGCUAUAAACGAGUACUUAGCUUUAGUAACCUCAGGAGGUAAAAUAGAGAUUGGUUUAUCGUCGUAGUUAUAAGUAUAGUACAUGUUUGAGAAUUGUCCGUAUUCGUAGUUAUUACAGUACAGUACAUUUUGACAGACUUGAAUAGCUUGCUGUGUAUAGAACAUAUUAUCUUAGCCUUAUCCUUGAAUGGAAUAGGUUUUGAAUA